AUGGGUGGUCCCGCCUUCGAUCUCCUUGCCAACCCCCUGGGAGCGGUGCGCGUCCUCUUCGAUCGCGAGGUCCACCGGCUCCGCAGCGCCGCACAAAUCGGCGGACAAGGCGGCGGCGAUGGCGGGGCCGCGCAGGAGGCGAUGAAGCGACAGCUGGCGGAAGGAGACUGGGGAGUUCGCACGCUCGUCGAUGAAUUCUUGUUUCGCGAUGGGAACAUUGAUAAGGUGCCUGAGAUCAACUCAGUGGGUGUGGAUCACGUGCCGGUGGGCUCGCUUGUCCGAUUCCGAGGCAUGGUACAGGACAUGUGGGGCACCGAGUUUUAUCAGGGCCUCUACAAACGAAGCAGACAGCCCCCAUCCGCUUCCCCCUCAGGCUCCUCCGCCCCCCCCUCUCCCCCCUGGCGCACAACCAAGUACACUGAUGGGGACUGCGGGGGGGGAAUGGGGGGAGACGGGGCGGAGGGGCUGGGGGAAGGGGCGGCGGAUUUUGGCAGUAUCUGGGAGAGGCGGCUGCUGUACUGCGUGCCGGUGCCGGGGGAGCAGCCAUGGGCGCGGGCUCUCAGGGACGGGGGGAGAGAGGGGAGGGGGAACCGAGGGAGAGGGGAGGGGGGAAGCGGGGGGGAGGAGGGCGGUGGGGCGGAGAAGAGGGGCAGAGAGGAGGGGGACGCUGAACUUAUGGGCAUGGACGUGGAAACCAGGGUGGCUCCCAGCGAGGCAGGGGAAUCCAAGAGACAGGCCACCACAGCAGUUGCCAACACCACAGCCGCUGCCAUCCCCACCAGCAGCAGCAACACCAUGGCACAGCCCGGCAGCACUGCUGCUGCUGGCGACCCCCCUCCGUUUGUGGAUCUGCACUUCCCUCUCGGGCCCUCUGCCUCUGCUUCCCAUGGCCCCCCACUGCUGCCCUGCAUUGUCAAGCUGUACGACAGUGUGGAGUCCCAAGUAAAGCUGAAUCAGGUGGUGGAGUUCGUGGGGGUGGUGGCACCACCAUCCGCGCCCACCGUGCAUACUGCCCACACAGCAGCAGCAGCACCACAAGACGCAGCCACAGGCGCAGGAGCAGGCACAGGCGGAAGCACAGGAGCAGCGAUGGAGGUGGAGAUGAUGGGGGGCGAUAUGGGCAUGGGAGCGUGCCCCUCUGCGUGUCUGCCCAGCAGCCAGGUGUUGCGAUUACACUGCCUCACCUGGAGGAAGCUCCCUCACCUCUUCUCAACUGAUGUGGAGCCCACUGUGGCGGCAGCGGCGAGCAUCAGGGCGGCGCUGCUGUCUCGGCUGGCUGUUGCUCUGGGCGGCGACAGGCUGGCGGCGGAAUACCUGCUGCUGCACCUGCUGUCACGGGUACACACGCGCAUAGAGCCCAUGCCUCUUGGCAAGCUCUCUCUUAACCUCUCCGGCUUCCCAGAACCUUCCUCGGCCUCCACUCCCUCUCCAACCCCUCCUCCUCUCUCUUCCUCCCCUCCCUCACUCUCCCAAGCCGCCUCCCCCUCUCUCUCCGCCCUCACCUCCUCUCUCCAAACCCUCCUCCCAGCCACCCACACUCUCCCGCUCUCCCUGGACAAUCUUAACUCGCGCCGCCUCACGCCCCACAAGGACUAUACCUCUGACAGACUAGUCUCUGGCGUGCUGCAGCUACCAGCAGGGACCCACCUAACUAUUGACGAGACGGCUUUAAAGCCGGGAAGGGUGGCGGCGCUAGGGAGCCAGAACCUGCAGGCUCUUAAAGAGCUAUUGGAGUGGCAAAAAGUGGACUACGAUUUUCAGUACUAUAAGAUGGAGAUGCAGAGCGAUAUACCUGUGCUGAUUCUCUCCCACGCCACGUCACGCCUCCUGCCUGCUGACGUCAGCCUGCCAGUGCGGUGCACGGCGCCACCUCAGCCUGUCCGUGAGGACGAGCCGGAGGUCGCCACGUGGCGGCGGUACAUUGGCUGCUGCCGGCUGCUGGAUCAUGAGAUCAAGGAGGACAUGCGGGAGCAAGUGGAGCGGGAGCUAGUGGCAGCGCGGCAGGGGGACCCGUCCCUCGACUCCGACACUUUCCACAGGUACGCGCUGCCCGGUGCUUGCGAUGCCUCUUGCUGCGCAAUGCCUGUUGCGGGGCAUUUCCUAGAAUUCGCAGCAGCUCGUGGCAGCACGGCAGCAGGACCCCUCUCUCGACUCCGACACUUUUCCCAGCUUAUGGGCGAAGAGGAGCUCGAUGCCUCCUUCUCGGUCGACUCAUUUUUCGCUGAAGAAGCUGCCACACCUGCUGUCUCGGCUCCUCCCCCCGCUAAGCGCGUCUGUGCUGCCGGAUCCUCCAGUUCUGCGCCUGUGGCUCCCCCUGCGGCUUCGGUGGUGCCGCCUGUCACCCCGGUAACGGCUCCCGUGGUUGGUCCCUCCACGGCAGCGCCUACUCCCUCGGCGUCUACCCAGGAGGCUAACCCUGUUAUUGCCCUUGCUAUUACCGGUCGUUACUCACGUCUUCGACGUAACCGUGACUCUGUGGGAGUUGUUGUUGCGGCCCUCGCCCGCGACACUGAUGCUGUUGUUGUUCUUCUCUUCCCUGAGGCCCUGGAAGCCCAUCGCAGCCGGAUCAUCACCCGCGUCCGUAGCAUCCUCCGCGGGCGUGAUUUCGCUGGUGGUCGCGUCCCUGUGUUCGAAGCAUCUGCUGGUGAUCUCCUGCGCCUUCCCCGCAAGUCGUACUGCCGCCACACGAUUCAGUGGCCGACGGUUGACGACGCGAAUCGCUUCAAGCGCAUGCUCCCGAUCACAUACCGCUCCUCCGAAGGACCAACGGCCGAAAUCAAGGUGUUCCAGGAUCCUGCCCCGGACUUCUCGGCGGCCAAGGCCCACGGCGAGACGGUUCUGAUUCUGCGCAACAUUCCUGUGGGGUUUGCUGUCCGCACGCUCCACUCCUUGCUGAUGACUAGCUCCACGGAGGGGGUUCGCUGGCUUGGUGACCUUCUUUUCUUCCACAAGCUGUUUGAUCCUUACGAGGAAUCAUUCUUACCUCAGAUGCUUGGCAUUGCUGUUGCCUCCCCUAACGACCCCCUCUUUGAAGCCAUCCCUGCUGUCAUAUGGGUGCCAGGAGUUCAGGAACCUAUCCUGGUGAAUGUGUCUUCGCACUCAUGUGCUGUGUGCACUAGUAACCAUCGUACGCGCGACCACAGCAGCUUCGCUGCAGUGAGGAGGAACCGCAUCGCAAAUCCGUACCUCAUCACCAUGGGGCAGCUCCAGAAUGUUAAUGGUAACUAUUUCCCUUGCCGCUCCCUACAUGCCCCCCUGCCUUUUACAGCCAGGAUCAUUGGCCAGCACCCCGCAGUGGCUUCCUUCAAGGCCGACCCUGGUACCUUCUUCAUUGGGACGGAUCUCAAGGUGGAAGUCUGGUCUUGCGCUCUGUGCUCUUUCUGCUGCGGUUGGGCUUUGGACGGUGCGAUUGAGCAUAUCGCGAGCCCCGCUCAUCAGAACGCUAUCCAGCUGGCUUCUGGCAACAUCACGCCCCUGGAGGAGUACGGGGAUGUGAAAGCCCAUGUUUUCAAUCAGAACGGGACGAUCGCCACCUUCCUUGCGCAGGGUUAG